AUGCUUGACCCGCCUAUUUACAUCAAAAAUAUGUCUAUUUUAUCAUUUAGCAACAAUGACAUGCAGGGGGAAAUUGUGUAUUUCAUUUUUGGACCUAUUUGGAGAAACUCCUUAACGAGAUUACUUUACUGUCUACCAAGUAUAUUUUACCUUUACCGUCCCAACUCGUUAACUAUUCGUACUGAAUUUAUCAACAAUGUUAGAGUUCGAGUUUAUUAUCCUAAAAAACGACGUUCAAAUGCUUUGAUAUUAUAUUUCCAUGGAGGAGGAUGGGCAACUCUUAGGCCAUUUAAUUAUGAUGUCCUAAUGUUUUACUUCAUUCGGCGUCUUGGAAUACUUGUAAUUUCGGUGGAUUACCGCCGUUCUCCCGAAUAUCACUAUCCAAUUCCAAUUCAUGACUGUGAAGCAGUUUAUCAAGAGAUUGUUAUGAUAGAUUACAAAAGAUAUGGUAUUGACAGAAAUCAAAUUAUUGUAAUGGGUGAUAGCGCAGGUGGUAAUUUAGCAACUGUAAUUGCGCAGCGCCAAUUAAGGAAAAACUUUCCACAGCCAUUGUGCCAGAUUCUGAUUUAUCCAGUAAUUCAUCCAUUUGAUUUUCAAUCGCCAAGUUAUCAAAAAUAUUACAAAUAUUUUCCUGGUUGUAUGUUCCUCUGUCCACGAGUUAUGGUAGAAUGGUAUCUUCUGUAUUUAGGAAUACCGGCCACUAGAAAUAAUAUACAUAAAAUGCUUAGAAAUCAGCAUAUUCGAAGGAGCAGCAAGUUAAAUGAAGAGAUCCAGUCAAAAAUUGGACAUAAUUUGUUACCAACUGAUUUUAUUAGUGAUAGUGAUAAGAAGUCUUUGCCAGAAUCAGAAGAUGACUAUUUAUGUGAAGCAAUGGAAAAGUACGUAAAUGAUCCUAAUCUAGCACCAAUUAUGGCAACAAAGUUAGAAGGUCUCAGUCCAACAAUGAUUGUUACAACUGAAUAUGACAUCUUGCGAGAUGAAGCAGUACUCUACGCAAAGCAUCUGAAAUCAUUUAACGUUUCUGUGCAUUGGAAGCAUUACCAGAAAGCUUAUCAUGGAAUUCUGAACAUGCCAAUUAGCCGUAGAAAAUUGGAUAUUUUGCGAGAUGUUGCUGCUUUCAUUGAUUUACAAUUGUCAAAAGUUGAAUUAUAA